GCUUGUCGGUCUCCAUGUGGGGAGAGUGCUCGACGACCGAUCAUCGAGAUAGAUUUUUAGCAGAUCGCAGCGACUGGAUGCAACGCCGCCCAACGGCAACAACGUUGUGUGCGCCUCCAUUCAUUCCGUUGUCGUAGACAUAGUAGUGUAGCUUUCGUUUUAGUUUCAAAUAAAACAAAUUAUUUAAAAACGGUUUUUAAGCAUUUAAUUCAAAUAUAAAUACAAAAAAAAACACACGCAUCAAAAUUGUCAAAUUGAGAGUCGUGCAAAAAGUUACCUACCGACCAAUGGACAGAUAAAUCAACUUGAAAUCCCAAUAAUUGUAGUGCAGUGCUGCAGGACAAAUUUAAUAUUUCAAAACAUCAAAUGAACUGCGUGUAAAAUUCAAAGAAACUUAACGAUAUACAUAAGUACUGUUUAGUAAAGGUAAUUGCCUUAACGGUGUAGCACAGUGGCUUGGCAAUUGUGGAUUUGUGGUGAUUUAUAAACAUUUAAACGUAGCAUUUCAAUGAUGAUGGUGCCCAGAGGCCUACUCGGUCUCUUGGGAGCAAAUGCCCAGAGGCGAAGUGUACACACCUACUUUUGGACGCUGAUAUUCGCUGUUUAUCUAAUCGCCUUUGUGCGUAAUGAUUACAGUUUCGCUGAUGCUAAGGAGUCGAACAAAAAUUGCAACAACACAGUUUGUGAUUGCAAAGGCUUAAAAGGUCGCCUAGGUGCUAUUGGUCUUAAAGGUUAUCCUGGUAUAGAAGGCCCUCCCGGAGAUAUUGGCCCAAUCGGACCGCUGGGCCGUCGAGGUGAAUAUGGCGAUCCCGGCGAGUAUGGCGAACAAGGCGAAAAAGGACACCGAGGUGAUAUGGGAGAAUUAGGCUUACCUGGUCGGCCUGGACAAACGGGUCCACCGGGUGAAGAUGGUCCUAAAGGUAUAAGUGGCAUUGAUGGUUGCGAUGGCAAGCCUGGUCAGCAAGGUGCCCCAGGUUUACCGGGACUAAAUGGUAAUCGUGGUCAAAUUGGAAAGCCUGGGCCUGCUGGCCCCACCGGUGAUGCCGGAGAAGGUGGUAUCAAUUCGAAAGGCACAAAGGGCAAUCGUGGUGAACGCGGACCCGAUGGUAUCGAUGGUCUACCUGGUUAUACCGGAAUGAAGGGUUAUAAAGGCGAUAUUGGUUAUCCCGGAAUAGAAGGCUUGAAAGGUGAAAUGGGAUUGAAAGGCUACAAAGGUGAUAUGGCUGAACCAGCUAAUCUGCAAUUGUUUGCUUAUGGUCAAACUGGUGAAAAGGGCGAACCCGGUGAUGGUCAAGACUUGCCAUUGACUUUUUCCAAAGCCACUAAAGGAUACAAGGGCGAUCAAGGGUUUACUGGAUUUAAAGGAUCUUCUGGUGGUGGUGGUGAAACGGGUGAUGGAGGAGCGACUGGUUUACCUGGCCCUCGUGGUGACAUCGGCGAAGCGGGUGAACGCGGAAAGCCCGGUAAGUCUGGUGAGGCUGGUUUUCCUGGAGAAAAAGGUGCUAAAGGUGCACCUGGAUACAAUGGCAGAGACGGUGAAGAUGGUGUAAGAGGAGAUCGCGGUGAUGAUGGAUUUGAUGGCUUUCCUGGCGAACAAGGCCCAACUGGUCCACCUGGAAUUUACGACCCAAAUUUGGAUAAAACAUUCCCUGGCCCACAGGGUCCACAAGGUGAUAUUGGACCACCCGGUAAUCCUGGCUUAUCUGGUAUACCUGGUCAGGCAGGUCGUCGUGGAAUAAUGGGUCCACCUGGUCCCCCGGGUGAUAGGGGUCUGGAUGGCGCACCAGGUCGGCGGGGAAUAAGUGUUAAAGGUGAUGAUGGUGAUUAUGGUGAUAUUGGUCAACCAGGACCGAUGGGACCUCCUGGUAGUCCUGGACUUACAGGACGUCCUGGGCAAAGAGGACAACCAGGUUUGAAUUUAAGAGGACCUAAAGGAUUAUCUGGACGUGCAGGCUUGAAUGCUCAAAAUGGCUUACGUGGUGAUCGUGGUGAAGUUGGAUUGACCGGCGACAAGGGUCAACCUGGUGAUGGUUUAAAUAUUGUGGGACCUCCUGGAGCUGAUGGCCCACCAGGUAAACGUGGACCACCAGGUGUUGAUGGUUUGCCAGGAUGGCCUGGUUUGAUUGGUGAUAAAGGUAUACGUGGUGAUGAUUGUGGAGUAUGUCCGGCUGGGCCUCGUGGGAUAAAGGGUGCCAUGGGCGAUGCUGGAUACAAUGGUUUGCACGGUAUACGAGGUCCUGUUGGUUUGACGGGUGAAAGAGGUCCUAAGGGAUGGCCAGGUAAUCCAGGUCCAAUGGGUCGAAGAGGAAUACCUGGACCUCCUGGAGCCAGCGGAGGUAGAGGUCAGCCUGGAGCACCUGGCAUACACGGUACCACUAUCCAAAUCAAUAACCUUGCUGAACCAGAAGCUGGUGAUAGAGGCGAUGACGGCCAACGAGGUGAACAAGGUACCCCCGGAGACCGCGGAUACAAUGGCAGACCAGGUCUACGUGGAGCAAAAGGUGAAACUGGACUACGAGGAGACUAUGGCGAGAUGGGACGCCCAGGAAGAGAUGGUUCCCCAGGUGCCCCUGGUUAUGAUGGUAAACCAGGCGAAGAUGCCUCAACACCAAAGUUUUAUUUGAUUGGUGAUUCUGGAAGGGAUGGUCUCAAAGGAGGACGAGGAGAACCAGGCAGUCAGGGGCCAAAGGGUGACAAAGGUGAACCCAAUCCUGGUCAAAUUUAUGAUAAUAAAGGUGCAGCCGGAGACAAGGGAGAACUGGGGCCACGUGGUUUCCAGGGACCUCAAGGUGAAAUGGGCGAUCAAGGUAUACCAGGACCAGCAGGUGAUAUUGGUCUGCCUGGGCCAAUCAUUCCAGGUGUAGAAGGAGCUAAAGGGUGGCCCGGUUUGACAGGAGAUUACGGAUUACAUGGAGCUCCUGGAAAUCCUGGUAUGGAUGGAUUACCUGGACUCGAUGGCAUGGUAGGACUUAAAGGCUAUCGAGGCGAGCCUGGACGUAAUGUAUUACCCGGAGAAAUCGGCCCAGAUGGAUAUCCUGGAGUAAAGGGUGAAAGAGGUGAUAUUGGAUUCCCGGGUUUCUCAGGACCUUCUGGUAGGCCCGGCAUCAAGGGAGUGAAAGGAUCAAAGGGAGACGAAGGCGCAUGGGGUUUGCAAGGAUUGCCCGGUAAUAAGGGCCCUCGUGGUGACUAUUUAAUUGGAUAUCCUGGUCGUGAGGGUGCUCCAGGCAGAGAUGGAAGAACCGCUCCACAUGGUCGUAAAGGUGACAAGGGAGUAAUUGGAAGUCAAGGAUCUGUUGGCGUACAAGGUGCAAAAGGUAGCAUCGGCUUCCCAGGAGUGAGAGGUCGAAUUGGUGAUCAAGGAAGACCAGGUGAACCAGGCCAAAUGGGAAGCCCAGGAUGGGCAGGAAUUCCUGGAGAGCAAGGUGAUCGCGGUGAUAUUGGCUACGACGGCAGAUUGGGUGACAGAGGACCUCGUGGUUUACUUGGAAAUAUGGGGCCGAAAGGUCAGUCUGGCGAUGUUGGUUCGAUUGGUCGUGCAGGAGUCCCAGGUAUCCCCGGUCGGAAAGGCGCAAUGGGUGAACGUGGUAUAGUUGGUCGCCCAGGUCCAAAAGGUAAUGCAGCUUACUCUGGAAUAAAGGGUGAAAUGGGUGAGCCAGGUUUGACUGGAAAUCGUGGCUACGACGGAUUACCCGGACCCAAAGGUCAACGAGGUCCUGUUGGCGACACACCAAUCGCGCUAGAUGGAUUGGAAGGAGAAAAAGGAGAAACUGGUGUACCAGGCAGUUACGGUUUGAAUGGUUUGCCCGGACUUAAAGGUGAACAAGGAGACUACGGAUUAACCGGCCUUGCUGGAGAACAAGGUGACAGAGGAGAUGUUGGAUUAACUGGAUAUCGUGGCCGAAAUGGAGUUCCGGGAAGAAAGGGUGUGCCUGGGUCUAUUGGAAUGAUAGGAUUAAGUGGAGAGAAGGGUGACUCCGGGGAGGAAGGAUACCCUGGACUAACUGGUCUUACGGGAGAUCAAGGUGAUGUAGGUGCACCUGGAUCUGUAGGAGCUCAAGGUGAACGUGGUGAGCAAGGAUACCCAGGACGUCCUGGUGUACUACUACGUGGUUUCGCAGAACGUGGUGAUAAAGGCGAACAAGGUUUUCAAGGUGAACAAGGUCCAAUUGGUGAACAUGGUCCAGAUGGUGCUCCCGGUUUUCCUGGUUUUAAAGGCGAACGUGGCGACAUUGGUUAUGCUGGACUUCCUGGUGUAGAUGGUAGUCCCGGUGUAAAUGGAGAAACCGGAGCAAAAGGGUGUCCUGGUCAAACCGGUCCAAUUGCUUCAUUCAUCGAGAAUGGUGACGAGGGUGAACCAGGCUAUGAUGGCUUCCCGGGUCGUCCAGGAAGACUGGGUCCCAAAGGAGCACCUGGUGAACAAGGAGAAUAUGGCGAAAAUGGUUUAAUCGGUCUUCCAGGCGUUAAGAUUAGCGGACCAAAGGGACAAUUUGGUGACGUUGGUUACACAGGUCCACCAGGUCGUAAUGGAUUGCACGGCCGUGUAGGCCUAAAAGGAGAACGUGGUGAUAUUGGUUUUCAAGGCGAACGAGGUGAGCCAGGCUUUGCUAUUCAUGGCAGAUCCGGUGAUGUGGGCGACAUCGGUCCAAUGGGAGCAACCGGUUAUGAUGGACUAAAGGGCGAGCAAGGUGAACAAGGAUUCCAAGGACGCCCUGGCCCAAGAGGUUUCCCAGGUCCACGUGGUCCAUUAGGUGAUGUUGGUUGGAGUGGUGUUGACGGUUUAAAUGGCCUGGAAGGUGUAAAAGGUGAACGUGGCGUAACAUAUGAUUUUAGUUUUGCUCGUCCUGGCGAUCGCGGUGAACCUGGCAUUGAUGGUUUUAAGGGUGAAAUGGGUGACAUCGGUGAAGUUGGCGAAACCGGAAGCAUCGGACUUCGAGGUCAAAAGGGUUACCAGGGUGAUCAAGGUUACAUGGGUAAUAUGGGUCCGGAUGGUCCGAAAGGAGAGCGCGGUAUGCCCGGAUUUGAAGGUCCACCCGGUCUUCAAGGAUAUCCUGGCCCACAAGGUCCUGUAGGCGAACCUGCUCCACCUCCACCACUGCCAAAGAGUCGUGGUUUUGUAUUUACUCGCCACUCACAAUCGGUAGCCAUACCAGAAUGUCCAGCCAAUACAAAUCUUUUAUGGGAAGGUUACUCUCUAGCUGGUAAUAUCGGCAGCAGUAUGACAGUUGGACAGGAUCUUGGUUUGUCUGGUUCAUGUAUGAUGCGUUUCUCAACAAUGCCAUACAUGUUCUGUGAUGUAAACAAUGUGUGUAAUUACGCUCAAAACAAUGAUGACAGCUUAUGGCUAUCUACGGCGGAACCAAUGCCAAUGAACAUGGCGCCAAUACAAUCCUUUGACUUAAUGAAAUUCAUAUCACGUUGUGUAGUCUGCGAGACGACAACGCGUAUAAUUGCAUUGCACAGUCAGAGCAUGAGCAUACCAGACUGUCCGAAUGGUUGGGAGGAAAUGUGGACCGGUUACAGUUAUUUGAUGACUACAACUGAUAAUACUGGCGGUAUUGGACAGAGUUUGGUAUCGCCCGGCUCAUGCUUAGAAAACUUCCGUACGAAUCCGGUUAUUGAGUGUCAUGGUCAUGGCCGUUGUAGCUAUUACGACCCACUCGCAUCCUUCUGGUUGGCAGUAAUCGAAGAACACGAACAGUGGCUGCAACCCAAGCCACAGACACUAAAGGCUGAUCAAACAAGCAAAGUGAGCCGUUGUACUGUUUGCCGUCGCAAGAACGAAUCUUAUCUAAGACGUGCAUACUCAGUGCAAGUGCCCGCCACUGAGUUCCGCAGCGGUCCGGUACGUUUCGCGCCUGAGCCACGCGUAAUAGCACCGUUACCCAUACGCACACGACCAGCAUCGAACACUUAUUAUCGGCCGAUCAACCGACGUCCGGUACCGGGCGGCCGUUCCUACUCACAUGGCGGCCAAAUAACCGACUAUAAUCGGGCAAGUCGCAUACGACGUCCACGUGAAGAUACUUAUGCGCCGUAAAUCAGCAAUAAUUGGACCACAAACCUCUUAUAAAUCCAAAUAGUUAGAAGCUUAAUGUUAUAAUUAAAAAUAUAUAUUGCUUUAAUAUUAAUAACAACAAAAUCAGAAAUGAAAACUAAUGAAAUGGCGUGGGCGUGUGUGACUCUCUCGCUCGUUAGCAAAGCACGCGCCAUUACUGUGUGCCAUUACGACGAAUCGUGAAAAUUUUGUAAAAACCGUAGGAAUAUUUUUUUUUUUACUUCUCUUUAUAAACUCUGUUCUACGAACGAUUGUAGAUUUCGUUUAUAACCUAAAAAUUUACGGUAAUUUCAACAAAGGAAAAUAAUGCUAAAAAAAAAAAUUAAAAUUUAAAACUCCAUUUCGUACACCAAAUACUGCCCAGUUGCGUUAAUAGUUAUGUUAGUAUAAAAAAAUAUUAAAAUUUUGUUUUAUUUUAGUUGAUAUGGAAAUGAAACCAAAUGUGAGCCAAAAUAAUUUAACUUAACUAUUACGUAUAUACAUAUGUACAGCAUAAAUAUGCUAAUGUUAAUAAUAGUAACGAUGAAAUAAUAUAAAAA